AUUAUUUUACAAACAAAAAUUAAAAUUGUUAAAAAUAGUUAACAGAUUUACAAUUCACAAGGUUUAAAAAAAUGGACGACAGUGUUAUAGUGCUCGACGACACGCAGCCCAGCCUGGAAAUCAUAGAAGACGGCGUGGAAGAUGGCGAGUUGGACGAUUCGGAAAUUAUGGUCGUGGAAGCGGCGGCAGACACAAGCUGCACCACCGAAAUAUUGCCGACUAGCGAAGUUAGUCCCAGUCUCGGAACUCAGGAGCCCACCCAAAGUUUGGUGUUUGAAGUUAAGUUCCACAACAAAGAAUACUUUGACGAUCUACACAACAAAAUGUUGGAUGUCUUGGGGGAAGCAUUUGCGGGCCGUCACCUAGAUUACAGAACAAACGAAACGGAGCUAGUAAUAGGCGCAUACGACGCAGGCGAGAUGCAGCCGCAAUCCCCUACAACACCUGACCCGAACACAGCAGACCUCUUUAUGAUUGACACAUCGCCGGCUCCCAAGCUGCAGGUGUCGCAGGUACCCUCUUAUAGGCGCUCCAAUACAGAUGUACUCGACGAGGAAACUGAAGCACGAAAGAAACUAAAGGCCGAGGCGGUGAACAAGUGCAUCCGUCCCAAGAAUCAGUCGUCCUGCUUCAACUGCGGCGAAGCGGGCCACUCCCUGCGUGAGUGCCUACAGCCGAGGAACAAUGUGAGGAUUCAACGGGCACGAAAGAAGAUCAGCCAUCGCAUGGAGCGCUACCAUGUGGACUUUGAGCAAAAGUUUGGACACCUUCGACCCGGAAAAAUCAGCACCAAGACCCGCCAUGCCAUGGGCUACAAUCGCAACGAGCUGCCGUUCAUGUUUUAUCGCCUUCGUGUAAUGGGAUAUCCGCCAGCAUGGUUGGAAGAUGCUAAGAUGCAAAGCUCAGGCAUUGCUAUCUUCAAUGCAGAUGGCACAGAGGUGACGCAAUCAGAUGACGAAGAAGGUGUAUCGAAUGCCUUCAAAUACGAUCUUAACAAAAUUGUCGAGUUCCCAGGAUUCAAUGUGGAACCCGGUGCUAAGUUCUUCGAUGACUUUAGGCAUCACAAUGUGCCGCCCUUUCAAAAGAGCCAGCUAAAGGAAAAAUUUAUAAGAUCUCUGGGGGAGAGAGUAAGCAAAGGCUACAGACGGAAGAAGCUCCUGGAUCUGCCAGCGCCGCAUGACGAGAGUCCGACUACGACCGCACAAACCAACUUCGUCGAGUAUGACAUGGAUGUGGAGGAGGAAGCAGAGGAAACAGGCCAUCCUCCACUACCAGUAACGGAGCCAACUGGCAAAUGUCUACCUCCUCCACCACCACCGCCGCCAGCAGAAGAGGAAGGGGAAGAACGUUCGCAGUCCCCAUCGAUAGAAGAUUUAAAGGCGCAGCAGGAGAAACUUUUGCUGCAACUGGAGAGCAAUACCUCGCUGGACACGAGCAGUUUAACAGCGGAUGAAUCCAUAACGCCGACAACACAGACGCAAACCCAGUCGUCGCCAACUAAAAUGACGCAAGCCCAGUCGGCACCCACAACGCCUAGCGGGACGAGAGACCUGGCCACACGGCAGUUCAAGGCCACCUUCGAGGGUACGCCGAUCCUCAAGUUCUCCAAGUUCGACCAGCUGCCAAACGACAGUAACUUCCGGGUGGGCGUGUGCGAUGUCCUCAACUUUGAGAAUUUGCCCGAUUCGACGGGCAAGUACGAGCAAAUGAAGGAUCUGCUGAAGAACGUGCGGGAAAAGAUGGUGAAGCUGCAGAACGAGGAUUAGUGCGUGAUCCCACCCAUGAUGCAUGAUCCACCUAUGUAGCAAUUCUAGAUACAUAUUUAAAAGCCUCCUAGUAGAUAAGUUUUUAACAAUUUAGUUUGCCAAUACACGAGUCGAGUCGAUGUCCAACCUGUAA